ACCUGCUCGUCGCAAUAUUAUCAGACAAAAAAACGAUGUGGCGAAUAUUCCGCGUUAUUUAGCGUCAAACGGACAUCAUAUGUCGCAUCUCUUUAGAAUCUAGCCCAAUUAUGAUGUAAAUCAGCACUGCUGAUUUAGCAGGAAAGGACAUCGUUGAUUUUAUAAAAAUUCAAUGAUGAACCUACCUGCUCCACAAAGCCCGUAAACUAGCACGGAAGGCCGUUUUUUUUGCCGCUAUUAUUCAUGUUAUCUUAUUCUUACAUUUACGGAUGAUAUCCAGUCGAUGAUGCCUGUUAAACAUGUCGGGGAAUCAAUACAAAGGCCACGAAGUCAGCUGCUGCAUCAAAUACUUCAUUUUUGGAUUCAACAUCCUCUUCUGGUUGCUCGGCAUGGCCUUGGUUGGCAUUGGACUGUGGGCAUGGAGUGAGAAGGGGGUUCUGUCCAACAUUUCGUCCAUUACUGACCUCGGGGGUCUGGACCCGGUGUGGCUCUUCAUGGUGGUGGGGGGAGUUAUGUUCAUUCUGGGUUUUGCAGGAUGCAUCGGAGCCCUGCGGGAAAACACUUUCCUGCUCAAAUUUUUUUCCGUAUUUCUGGGAAUCAUCUUCUUCCUGGAGUUGACCACGGGAAUCCUAGCCUUCGUCUUCAAGGACUGGAUCAAAGACCAGCUCAACUUGUUCAUUAACAACAACGUCCGGGCGUACCGUGACGACAUCGACCUGCAAAACCUUAUUGAUUUCACUCAGGAAUACUGGGAGUGCUGCGGCGCCUUUGGCGCAGACGACUGGAACCUCAACAUUUACUUCAACUGCACCGAUACGAACCCCAGUCGGGAAAAGUGCGGUGUUCCGUUUUCCUGCUGCACCAAGGACCCAGCGGAGGACGUAAUAAACACUCAGUGUGGAUACGACAUCCGAGCAGAACCGGACUCCGAGCAGAAAGACUACAUCAACGUGAAAGGCUGUGUGCCGCAGUUUGAGAAGUGGCUCCAGGACAAUCUCACCUUGGUGGCCGGGAUAUUCAUCGGAGUGGCGUUACUCCAGAUCUUCGGGAUUUGUUUAGCGCAAAACCUCGUCAGCGACAUUGAAGCCGUGCGGGCAAGCUGGGUGCCCCCCACCCUCUCCGUGCGACAACCACAACUGCCCACGAGCAAGAAAGCGUACUAUGCGUGAGACAUUUUUCUUUACCUAAAGAGGAAACAGCACUUUAUUUUGAACAGCGGAUUUUACGAACUCAGCUCCUGGACUUGAGGCCUCCAUGAGGACGUCAAGAGCAGGACGGAUGACUCCACUGCUCACCUACACCGCGACAAGUAUGGAUCCCGAUGCACUACACGCAGAUUGUAACAUGUUUUGAUAUGAAAUGAUCUUCAUGCUGAUAACAUAGUUGUGUUUUUGCCAUUCCACUGUGGAGGAAUUCUUGUGUUUGCCGUACGACUGAAUGCCGUUCAGCGGCGUGGUACGGAUCACUUGCUCUGGUGUGGCAGAGAGUCUAGGGACAAAACACAGUUAACCCUCUUCUACCGUUACUUGUUUGACCUUUUAAACAUUUACAAAUCGAACCAGACCAUUUUGGUAAUAGUCAAUCAGAUCUAUGCCAAUUAAAGAGACUGUGCUACGUUUCCAUUCUGACCUGUUAAGUCAUUGUGUGAUGUGUAUGCACCAGGGCUUGCACAGACCAGUCGGCCUUAAGAGGCACAGUGACGUUUAUUUCCUGACGUCGACUAGUCACACUGACAUUUCCUUGAGACAAUUGUAAUUUGGGCCAGAAAAUCCAAGUAGAGUAGAAAAAGAGAGUUGGACUCGCUUGGAUUUGUCUUCUUUUUCCUGAUUUGUGUGCUUUUAACAUGGCUAAGUAGCAUAUUAUUACGUAUUAUUCAGAAACUCACCCAGUUAGUAGGGUGGUGAAUUUAGAAUUGAUUCUCGAUUCCAAAACAAUUCUUGAUUCAAAACGAUUCUCAAUAUAAAACCAAUACUUUUUAGUAAAAUUACGUGCCAGUUCUACGAUUAACUACAUUCCUUCAUAAAAUAGAGAACAGCUCUGAUCAAUGAUACUUUAAAAAAAAAACAGGUUUUGUUGAAUAAAAUUCUACCCAAACAUUUAAUAAAGUCAAAUACAAAUAAGCAUACUUGCCAACCCUCCCGAUUUUCCCGGGAGACUCACGAAUUUCAGUGCCCCUCCCGAAAAUCUCCCGGGGCAACCAUUCUCCCGAUUUGCACACGGACAACUAUAUUGGGGGCGUGCCUUAAAGGCACUGCCUUUAGUGUCCUCUCUCACCUGAAAAGGAGACUAAUACUAUAUAAAUAAACAUUGAUUGAUUGAUUGAUUAUAUAUGUCUCCGUUAUCCAUAUGUUUAUUUAUAACCCAUAAAGUAGGCAGGCAAGGAGCUAUUUCUCAGCGUGUGUUUAUUCCAGCCGGCACGUUAAUACACUGACACACAACAUCCGGAUUCCCAUCAUGCAUUGCUUCAAAACUACGGCAAGUAGUAAUGUCCAAAAACAUAACAGAGAUGAAGCAGAAGAACGAAGAAGAGACAUGGCGACGACGAGUAAGAAGAAGUACGCUCGCAAGUUCCAAAAUGAUUGGAAAAAGUAAUUCCAGUUCAUCCAGGACAGCUCGAAGGGGAAGGGGUAUGCUGCCUGCACAUUUUGUAGAUCAGACUUCUCCAUUGAACACGGUGGCCGAACGGAUAUAUUUGAAUAAUUUAUUCAUAUAUAUAUAUAUAUAUAUAUAUAUAUAUAUAUAUAUAUAUAUAAUGUGUAUAUAUAUAUAUAUAUAAUGUGUAUAUAUAUAUAUAUAUUAGAGCUGCAACUAACGAUUAAUUUGAUAAUCGAUUAAUCUGUUGAUUAUUACUUCGAUUAAUCGAUUAAUAAUCGGAUAGAAGAGACAAACUACAUUUCUAUCCUAUCCAGUAUUUUAUUGAAAAAACCCAGCAUACUGGCACCAUACUUACUUUGGUUAUUGUUUCUCAGCUGUUUGUAAAUGUUGCAGUUUAUAAAUAAAGGUUUAUUAAAAAAAAAAAAAAAAAAAAAGCCUCUGCGCAUGCGCAUAGCAUAGAUCCAACGAAUCGAUGACUAAAUUAAUCUGCAACUAUUUUUUAUAAUCGAUUUAAUCGAUUAGUUGUUGCAGCCCUAAUAUAUAUAUACAGUAUAUAUAUAUAUGAAAUACUUGAAAAUAUAUACACCCCCCGCUACCCCCAAACUCCAGAAUUCAGAGGUCUCAAGGUUGGCAAGUAUGCAAAUAAGGCAACAGGAAAAGUAUCCAACACUUCUAUUUUCUAAAGUAAAUCUGUACAGCAGAUAUAGAUCAUCUCCAUCAGGGGUGUCAAACUCAUUUUAGCUCAGGGGCCGCAUGGAGGAAAAUCUGUGCACACGCGGUCCCGACUAUUAAAAUCAUGGCAUUAAAACUAAAAAAUAAAGACAACUUCAGAUUGUUUUCUUGGUCUUACUUUGGCCAAAAAUAGAACAAACACAUUCUGAAAAUAUUACAAUAAAAAUAUAGAAAAAAAUGCUGGCAGCGGUAAAGUUUAGAUCCAUGAAGGAAAGAAGAAAGUGAAUGAAUGUUUAUAACUGAACACAUUUACAUAUGCAUAAAAAUGUGUUUUCUUUAGUAUAAUUUUUUUAAUGAACUAAGUAACGUUUCCAAAACACAAUAUAGAAUGUGAGAUAUAACAGGAUAAUGCUACAUUUAUCCUUUGUUUUCAAAACCGUUACAAAAAAGUGGGACCCCAAAAAUUUACUGUGGCACCCCAUUUUGAUGACUUGAUGGGGUCCCUACCGCCAACACUGAUGGAGUAUUGGUGCGUGCAAAACAACAGCAGCAGGCGGCUGUGGCCUGCGGGCCGGUUCUAAUACUAAUCAAAUAUCAUCCCGGGGGCCAUAGAUAAUUCAUUCGCGGGCCUUGACUUUGACAUCCCUGAUCUACAUCAACAAUAUGAUUUGUCAGAGUGGCUGGGCAGGUUGUUUUUUUAACUUUUGGAUUUUUUUUUAAUCAAUUAACAAUUGUUACAAGUAAGAUUUGUGAUUCAUCCGAACAUCGGGUGUUGUACUUCCUGCCAAGUUAGACCCUUAUCAAGGCAAAAAUCAGUGCUGCACCUUUUCGCUGGAAUUUUGUGAAAACACGCUGUGUUUUUUUCUUCAAAGUUUUCGAGCAUGGAGAUGAGACUUUUAGACAUGCGUGUGUUUUUAUUUAUGACGGGGAAACGACGUCAUCAGUGACUCGUUGGCCUUCAACGAUUCUGAAGUCAUGCAACCUCCGAGUAUGCAUGUGUAAAUGUCGUAACACCAAAACUGAAGAUACUUUUUUUUCCACGUCAAGAUGUGCAACACUUCACAAACACAUUACGUGUUAACGUGGGAAGAAAAGCCUGACUUGUGUUUUGCCACAGUGAAAUGUCAGAAUUUGAACACACUUCAAAACACUGUUCUGCCCACAAAAAAAGGUGUAACUUGGUCAAAAGUCGGGAUGUUGGGUACGGUAACAAAGAUGGCGCAUGUUGGGAUCUCAAAUACACACAUGCCAAAUGUGAAUGUGAUACAAAGGAAAACUUGACCAGAAUGGUGAAUGUCACAACUUGGUCAAGCUUGAAGACGCUUGUCGUCGUCUCAUGUGGAGAUCUUAAAUGAAACACUGGCACAAACAUGAAUCUACACACCACCAGUCUCACGCUCACAAAAGUCGUGACUAAAACUAAGAAACACUAUUGUCAGUUUUCUUUAUGGCGACGCAUGCCCAUGUUCUUACAAUUCACGUUUGUGUUUGUCAGUGAAACACUUCAGUAUUUUCCUAAAGUUGUAGCACUGUUUAUAAAUGUGUAAAUAAACAAAGGCUUCCCGAUUUGUGUUCAUAUUUUGGUUUUGUUGUAUUUAUUUGUUUAAAUCAUUCAGUCUAUACAGUAUGUAGCUGUGCACUCAUGAUUAGCCAAUAAUUUAUUAAUGUUUAAUUGAAAUAUCAUCUGUAUAUUUUUAUCACCACCCUUACACGCACUUGAAGUAAACCUGGAGCGCUUGUUUUUUUUUUUUGUUGGAAAUGUUAAAUGACGUUACAAUUGCAUUGUAUUUGUUGUUUUGUAAUUUUUGUUUUUGACUGUUACUGUUAGGGUUACACAGUAUGUCCCGUGAAAACUGUUACUUAUUGUAUGCUUUCGCCCAUUGCAUUGUUCAAAACAUUUGACUGCUUUUGGAAUAAAAGCUGAUUUUCAAACA